AUGGCAGUGAAAAAACUCGCAAAAGUUACUUUGGACAAAUUUGAUCGAGUAGAAGGAAGAUUGGACCAACUCACUACAAUGUACAGGAAUGUAGAGGUCCAAAUUGGUCAAAUUGCUAGUUCUUUGAAUAAUCGAAAUCAAGGAGAAUUACCUAGCAAAACGGAGGUAAAUCCUAUGGAGCAUGUCAAAGCCAUUACUCUUCGUAGUGGUAAGCAAUUAGAAGAACCUCCAGUGGUGGAAGUUGAGCAAGAUGAGAAUGAAAAACAAGAAGAAAAGCAGAGGAACCAAGAGGCGAUAGUGAAAGAAAAUAGCCGAGAGAAACCAAGAGAAAAUCAACCAUCAUCUUCCGCUACCAUUCCAAUUCCUCCUGCGAUUACGCCUUAUGCAAAAUUUCUCAAGGAAAUCAUGACUAGAAAAAGGAAGUUGGAAGAUUGUGAAACAAUAGCAUUAACUGAGGAGUGUAGUGCAAUUAUACAAAAUAAGCCACCACCAAAAUUGAAGGAUCCAAGAAGUUUCUCUAUACCUUGUACCAUAGGUAACAUUGAUUUUUCUAAAGCAUUGUGUGAUCUUGGUGCUAGUGUAUCAUUGAUUCCUCUAACGGUGGUCAUUUCAGUACUUCAAAGACUGUGGCAAAGGUACAAGACAUCACUUCCAUAUCAUCCUCAAGCCAAUGGACAAGCAGAGCUAGCUAAUAGAGAGAUAAAGCUCAUUUUGGAGAAAACUGUGAAUAAAUCACGCAAGGAUUGGGCUACAAAGCUAGAUGAUACACUAUGGGCUUACCGAACGGCAUUUAAGACACCCCUAGGGAUGUCGCCGUAUCGUUUAGUCUAUGGGAAAACUUGUCACCUACCUGUAGAGAUUGAGCACAAAGCUUAUUAG